CCAUUUUCUUUUUUUUUUAUUUUUUUGUCCAGUUGCUUUAAUAUGGGUGUCUUUGACGAAGUUAAAUCUCGAAACUUUUCUCUUUAUGGCCAAUGGCUUGGUAUUAUAUCCAUCAUUUUGUUAAUUGCGCUGGGUAUUGUUGGAUUUUUGAGUCAUGUUGUUUUCAGUAUUGUGGGAUGGGUCAUUGCUUUUAUUCUUGUAGUCGUAGAAAUUCCAUUGUGUUUAAAGUUCUGUCCAACGAGUCCUAAAUUUGAUAGUUUUAUUGCCUACUUUGAAAACUGUUAUUUCCGUGCUGCCAUGUACUUGGUGUUUGCUGUCGUUAUGUUCUUAUCCAAUUUACUUAAUGUUGGACCACUUAUUGCUUGUGGUGUGUCUCUUUUACUUGCUGCUAUUUGUUAUGGCAUUGCUGCUUUCAGUGGACAAGCAUUUGCUAGUUCAAGAAUUCUCGGUGGUACUGGCGUUGACAAUGUAGUGUAAACAUUGUACACUGUCCUGAAAUAAAAAUUAGCCCAGUUUUUUUGUCAUUCGAAAUCAACAUCAAAGGUAUCAUGAUCCAACAAGAGCCCUUUCAUAUGCCAAGAUGAUACUUAAACGCACUCAGUUUUUUGUUGAAGAUUUGUUG